CAUAGGAAGAAAAAGAAGGGCCCCUGGUUUUGUAUCGAAAAUGGUUCAUGGGGUUUGAGAUGAAACAAGAGAAAGAAGUUUCGGAUUUGGUUUAUUCGAGUAAGAAUCAUUGCAAGGCUAAAAACCCUAAUCCCAAUUCUGUUAAUUCGCCUCACAGUAAGAAUAAGAAGAAGAAGAAGGCUAAGAAGAUGUUGAUGACGUGGCGACGGAAGAAGACUGAUUCUCCGGCGGAUGAUGAGAUAACGGCGGUGCGACGGCUGUUUGAUACCUGCAAGGAAGUGUUCUCUGAUGGUGGUCCUGGAGUUGUUCCGUCUGAAGAUAAAAUCCAACAGCUGCGAGGGAUCCUUGACAACAUGAAACCAGAGGAUGUCGGAUUAACUCCGACCAUGCCUUAUUUCCGACCAGACGCCGGACCAGGAAACGGGUCUUCGCCACCAGUUACAUAUCUGAAUCUAUACGAAUGUCGUCAAUUCUCGAUUGCGAUUUUCUGUUUGCCGCCUUCUGCUGUCAUACCUCUUCAUAAUCAUCCAGGGAUGACAGUUUUUAGUAAGCUUCUCUUUGAGAGAGAUCCGAAAACCCGGCUGGCAAAACUGAAGAUGGACUCAACGUUAACCGCACCAUGCAACGUCUCGAUAUUGUACCCGGAAGAUGGCGGGAACAUGCAUCGGUUCACAGCGAGAACAGCGUGCGCGGUGCUAGACGUGAUUGGCCCUCCAUACUGCAUUCCAGAAGGCAGAGACUGCACUUAUUUCCUUGACUUCCCUUUUGGUAAAUUCUCAUCAGAGGAAGACGACGUUUUGAGAGGUGGAGUGGAGAAGGAAGGUCAUGCAUGGCUGCAAGAAAGAGAUGAUGAUCCAGACGAUCGUAACGUAGUUGGAGCCUUAUACAGAGGCCCCAAGGUUGAGGACUGAAAGCUUUUUUAUCCAUUUCACUUUUCAGAUUAAGAAUCAGUUUUUCUCUUUUCUUUUGGGGUUUCUUAGUUUAAAUUCUUCUUUGUACAUAAAAGGAAAGAUAAACAGGGGGAAAAAAAAGAAAAGAUCUUUACUGUGUUUAGUCUAAAUUUUGGGUCUCUGUUCAAGUUUCUCAUAGUAGCCAAAAUAAAACAGACUUGAUAUAUCUUCCGACGUAGUGUUUGGAAUUUGUUUCUAAUCUAAAUCUUGAUUGUGCUUUUUUCUUUCUUGAUU